UUAAGAGAAACCUUCUCCAACCACUUCGUGUCUCGGACCUCGUUAUGGUUCUCCCUUUCUCAUGGAAGGGAACGUCAGGUUCACAGUUUACUGCUUAGUGCCUAGAGCGACAACCCCCACCACUCUUGACCGGUGCGUCACAAGGACGGACUGUUCGCAGGCUGGGCUUUAUCGGCUACCUAGGAGUGAGCGUAGGCCGUCCUCCAUCUCUCACUCAACCUUCCGCCCUCCCAAGUUGUUUUACUGCACUUAUCCUUAAGGACUAAUCCUUCUCGUCCAUUAGCUUACAGAGCUGCCUAACGUACCUAGUUAGGGCGGUGCCUGCCCCAUUCGUCGCUAUCUACCCCGGGUCUUCCCCGCCAAGCACUUACCUACCUACCUUAAUCCACCGCGGUUGUCGCCCACGUUGCCCUUGCAGCUGAUCACCUUCCACGCAACCACCUAUCUGCCAGCCUGACCGUCUGCAUCCUCCGCGCGUCUUACGAUUCGACCAGUUCCAGCAUCAUAUCUCCUCUCCCACCGGCUUGCCUAUUCCCUGGUUGUGCUGCCCGCGGCCGACUCUCCAAUCUACUUCUGAACAGUAGGAGAGUCCAUACAUCCCAGCUUCAACUGAAUCAGGCCGGCUCCGUCUUACCAUCGCUUCGCUCCCGGGAUUGAGUGUUCUCGAUAGAUAGACCUGCCGCUCUUGCAGGACGUCACAACUCGUUCAAGGUUGAAGGGAAUCUACUAUGGCUACGGUAGACCUUGGUCGAUACCGUCGCAUCGUUCAGAUGUUCUGGGAUCCCGAACCCACUAACGAGAACGACAUUCCAGUCUGGUGCUUGGGACGCUCCUAUGUCCUAAACACCAAGACGGCGAAAGACACUCGCAGUGACCAAGGCCAGACUCCACCUCGGAUCGAUAACACUGAAAGAACAGCAGAACAAGACCUUGCCCAAGCCACAGCCUCGGCCUCGGUGCCGGCACCAACUUACCCCAAAGGUCCUGAUACCCCUCCAGAAUCUGUUUCUAGCAGCUUUUCGUCGUCACUCGCCUACGAUGAGGACUACUUUGCUCAGGAUGGAGGAUGGCCACCUGCCUUUCUGGACGAUUUCGAAUCCAAAUUCUGGAUGACAUAUCGUUCCGAAUUCCAGGCUAUCGCAAAAUCCUCUGACCCCCGAGCUUCCUCGACUCUGUCCUUCUCGAUGCGCAUUAAGAGCCAGCUGGUCGACCAAAAUGGGUUCACGUCCGACAGCGGCUGGGGAUGCAUGAUACGAUCGGGUCAAAGCCUCUUAGCGAAUGCGAUGGCAGCUAUUAAUCUAGGACGCGACUGGCGAAGGGGUCAAAACCCAGAGGACGAGCGCAAGCUUCUUUCUUGGUUUGCGGACGACCCGAGGGCGCCGUACUCCAUCCAUCAAUUCGUCCAACAUGGUGCGGUUGCAUGCGGGAAAUAUCCCGGAGAGUGGUUCGGCCCGUCUGCUACUGCUCGAUGCAUUCAGGAAGUUGAAUUGCUCCUAGGCCUGGCUUUGGCCAACGCGCAAGAACAACAACCUCUACGAGUAUAUUCUACUGGGGACGGUCCUGACGUUUACGAAGACAAGUUUAUGGAAAUUGCCAAGCCCGACGGCUCACGGUUCCAUCCGACCCUCGUUUUAGUUGGUACCAGACUAGGCAUCGACAAAAUCACCCCGGUCUACUGGGAGGCUCUGAUAGCUGCCCUUCAAAUGCCACAGUCUGUGGGUAUCGCAGGUGGCCGACCUGCGUCUUCCCAUUAUUUCAUCGGCGCGCAAGGCUCCUACUUGUUUUAUCUCGAUCCACAUCAUACCAGACCCGCGCUUCCUUUUCACACAGACCCUUCUCACUACAGCGAAGCGGAUGUUGACACAGUGCAUACUCGACGCCUGCGGCGACUUCAUGUGCGGGAACUUGACCCUAGCAUGCUUGUUGGCUUUCUAAUUCGGGAUGAGGACGACUGGGCUGAGUGGAGGCGGAAUGUGAAGCAUGUUCAGGGCAAAGCCGUGAUCCAUGUUGCCGACCGUGAUCCCGUGCCGAGAGGAGGCGAGGGCGAAAGAGAUGGCGCUAUUGACGAAGUGGAGAUACUCAGCGAUGAUGACGGCGAUACCGUCUUGAAUGCCUAAGGCGGAUAGCUGUGUAAGAGCAAACUACCGACAAGUGUUCUGGAUGGUUUUAUUUUAGGCGUUGGCAACUGCAUUGAGGUAUAUCAGUCGAUAUAUGAUUCCAUCCCCUGUUGUCGUAGUUUGGCGAGGCAUGGGCACAUCCUAGGACUGGAAAGUACACCAUCACAGGCGAACAGGAGGUCCAAGCCACUGAAUAAGGUUGGGCAACAACGGAUUGGGUGCAUUUAGUAUUUCUGAUUCUGAAUCUUAACCUGUCCCUCCCGUUCUUGGACAGUCAUCAUGGGUGUUGACGGCAGAUGUUUACAAGUAGAUGGCAGCUAACCUAGCGCUUCUUUCUCUUGUCGUCUGCUGUGGGUUUUGCAACAGGUGCGGCGUGAUCGAGAUCCCGGAUGUGCGCAAAGAGUUUUGUCUUGGAGGUGAAGGAAUCCUCGCAAACACCACAUGUAUGUGUGCCAGCCUGGGUCGCUUCGGCCAUCUGACGGGCCGCUCGUUUUUCACGUUUCGCCUUGGCUUUGCCAACCUUUUUGGGUGGUAUCCGGCUAUCAUCCCGCUGUUCGCCGUCAUCGUCGCCUAGCGACAGGCUUUCUAGGCUGGCUGAUACCUCUGCGGGGUUGGAUUUUGAUGCGUUGUAUCGUUCUGUCCCAGUUAGGGGGUUUUGGUCGGCAAAUAGUCUCUUCUCGACGUCAGCUCGCGAGGCAUACUCGUCGCCUCCCAGAGGUUCGGAUGUGGUGUCAGAGAAUUCGACUUCUUCGGUGCACAGUUCUGACUCAACCGGGUCUUCAUCGUUGCCCUUUACAGGCUUGAUAUUUGGUUGCUCGCCAGCGCCUUCCUGUGCGUCCUCCACUGAAAUGCCCCUGUCAGUUGCAGCAGGCGUCUCAUGGAGGCUCAAGUCUAAAUCCUCCUCCCUCAUCUGGCGCCUCAACUGCUGCACAGCCUUGACAUGUUUCUUACUUCUUUCAUGCGCCUCAAACGACUUCUCACUUUUGAACGUUUUGCUACACACGACACACUCGAUUUCUUCCACUUCUGAAUCUUCCUCCUCGCUUUCGGGGAAAUGGGCACUAGCGUCCGCUUCGUCCCGUGUCUGAGCCCAGUCGGGAACGAAUGCUGCGGAAAGCCUCUCCUUGUUUGCGGCACGGGAUCGGGCAGCUUGAGCAGCGGCGGCAUUGCGCAAAGACUCCUGACGCUCCGCGGCUGUUUGUGUGUUUGGGAGGUAGCGGGGGUCACGCUUACGUACAAAUGUGACAAGGAACCUGACGGCAUCAUUGAAGUCCCGGAUGGCCUCAUCGCGAAUCUUUUUGUUUUCUUUUUCCAUCAGGCGCCGGACACGACGAUCUGGAGCAUCCGAAAGUCGAUAUUUGUCCUUCCACGCAAAAGGUUUGUGGGUAGAAAAGCUCGCCCAGGCGCCGUAGAAGGGCUUAGCGACAGCCUCAUAGCUAUCGGUGGAAACCCCAAAUGAAGGAUAGUCUGGAGCAUCUCCAGGCGUGUACUCGCCGGCUGCAACUUCUUCGUCGGCCAAGUGAUCGAAGGUCGCCUUGACUAUACCAAAGAAGCCAGCGGGCUCAUCUGUGAAGGGCACAGUGGAAUUGAAGCGGCGGAUGAGGGAGAAAAUGUCGUCGGUGGACGUGAGCUUGACGUCGUUGUACUCAGGAUUGCGGUCGUCCGAGUCGGGGUCGGCACCACGCAGAAUGGCUUCGCGAUGGGAGUCAUACCACGACCUUUCCUGCGGGUCUGACAAGACUUCGUAUGCGGCCUGGAUCUCGGCAAAGCGACGGGUUGCAUUCUGGACAUCGUUGAGGUUCCGAUCGGGGUGAAGCUCCAGUGCGCGUCUUCUGUAGGAUUUCUUGAUUCUACACACAUGGAAAAUGGUCAGAAACAAUGCAUGGGUCAGCGCUAGCUAGCAAAAGGAGAGAAUGUACUCAUCGUCGGUGGCAUCGCGCUGGACGCCGAGAAGCUCGUAGUAGCAUGUUUUGACGGGUUGGGAGGGGUCCUCGCCCUGGCCCCGUCCAGAGGAUUGCUGGGCGCCCAUGGAUGGCAAGUCGGCGGUAAUGCGGAGCUCGUAUACAAAGUGAAGCGUUUGCUAUCAGUUUUUGCAGGACGAAGAGGGUUGGAUAGUGGUAACAGUUGAAAGACCUCGUCAAUGCUGGCUUGGUCGAAUGCGGUCGGCUGAUCUCUUUACAGAAAAGACAAUCAAUCACUGUUCAAGUCGAUGUUCCUGGUGUCACAAUGCCCUCGUCCCUUGCCGUUUUCAAUUUUUUCCCUCAUCUACAAUCCCCCAGAACGAAAACACAAUGCCCCUCUAUUUCCCAGAGUGCGACAACACUGAGCUCGACCCCGCGACCCCUCAUCUUGCCCUCCAACUCCAAACUGAUAAGAUAAGAGGUGACGGACGAAUCUCUAGGUUACAAGCUCCAGGCUCAGCACUCCUUGGAUACUCGAAGUGUGUGCUCUGUAUGGAUACGUUUGUCCAUUCGUAUGAAUCAGCUACGUGCGUUCGCAGCCUUAGGUAAUCGCAAGCGGCGCUCGGCCUGACCGACUCGACAUACAAAAUUGAUGCAACAUGCAGCAAAAUCGGCAGCUUGCAGCGACGGCGCAGCCACAGGACCGACGCCAUUGGGCAAACAUUGCGUGCGUGAUGGCUGAGCCGAGAAGAGUUUGGGUCCGCCUGACGGAUAGUCUUAUCCACCAGGCGGGUGACAAAAAAAGCUGGACUCUUUAAAAAGAAUUUAUAUGAUCAAGUCAGGUGUUUUGAGGCCAAAGAUGAUAAGCGGUACUUUACCCUCUCCAACUAUCUGACUUAACAAAGGUAUUUUUUAUCACAUCCCAUUGAUAGGAGUCCGGCUUUUUUUUUUGUCACCCGCUUGCCUAACCAGGGAUUGGUUGGGAUUGGU